AUGAAAGUAGCGAUAUUUUUGGGUCUCGUGGUUUUCACCUGUGCACAAGUAAAUAAGUUAAAUAAUGUUCCGAUCGUGAGAAUAUUUAACGAUAUUAAACCUGACGGUUCAUAUAAUUACGCCUAUGAGACAGGCAACCAUAUAUACGCUGAAGAAGCUGGAUAUUUAAAGGAUCCUGACACGAUAUUGGCCCAAGGACAGUACCAGUAUACUUCUCCUGAAGGGCAGACAAUAAGAUUGGCAUAUACAGCUGACGAAAAUGGAUUCAGACCCCAAGGAGGACAUCUACCAACUCCCCCUCCAAUACCAGAACUAAUUUUAAGAGCCCUCCAAUGGAGUGAACAACAUCCCGAAAAAUAA